UUGGCCGGCCUGGCUGGCGGGCCCCCGCCGCUGGUUCGUAGCCGGCGCAGCGGCCUGGGCUGGGAUGUGAGGAGCAGCGGGUUCCGGGCUCCGGGCGGCAGCGGCUGUGAGCGGCGGCACUGCGGCGCAGGCGGCGGAGGCCAGCGGGCGCCGUCGGCGGCUGGCCCUGUCGGCCGCGGGAUGAGGAAGCGGACCGAGCCCGUCGCCUUGGAGCAUGAGCGCUGCGCCGCCGCGGGCUCGUCCUCCUCCGGCUCGGCCGCCGCGGCGCUGGACGCCGACUGCCGCCUGAAGCAGAACCUACGCCUGACGGGCCCGGCGGCGGCCGAGCCGCGCUGCGCAGCCGACGCGGGAAUGAAGCGGGCGCUGGGCAGGCGAAAGGGCGUGUGGUUGCGCCUGAGGAAGAUACUUUUCUGUGUUUUGGGGUUGUACAUUGCCAUUCCAUUUCUCAUCAAACUAUGUCCUGGAAUACAGGCCAAACUGAUUUUCUUGAAUUUCGUAAGAGUUCCCUAUUUCAUUGAUUUGAAAAAACCACAGGAUCAAGGUUUGAAUCACACGUGUAACUACUACCUGCAGCCAGAGGAAGACGUGACCAUUGGAGUCUGGCACACCGUCCCUGCAGUCUGGUGGAAGAACGCCCAAGGCAAAGACCAGAUGUGGUAUGAGGAUGCCUUGGCUUCCAGCCACCCUAUCAUUCUGUACCUGCAUGGGAACGCAGGUACCAGGUCUUCGUGUGUGAGAGAGGCAACCAGGAGCCAGCGCAGAGGCAGACCCAGCACGGAGACAGGGCUGCUGCGGGGCCAGGGCCGAGGUCCUGUGUGGCACCAGGGUUGGGGUGACUCAGUGGGAACGCCAUCUGAGCGGGGCAUGACCUAUGACGCACUCCACGUUUUUGACUGGAUCAAAGCAAGAAGUGGUGACAACCCCGUGUACAUCUGGGGCCACUCUCUGGGCACUGGCGUGGCGACAAAUCUGGUGCGGCGCCUCUGUGAGCGAGAGACGCCUCCAGAUGCCCUUAUAUUGGAAUCUCCAUUCACUAAUAUCCGCGAAGAAGCUAAGAGCCAUCCAUUUUCAGUGAUAUAUCGAUACUUCCCUGGGUUUGACUGGUUCUUCCUUGAUCCUAUUACAAGUAGUGGAAUUAAAUUUGCAAAUGAUGAAAAUGUGAAGCACAUCUCCUGUCCCCUGCUCAUCCUGCACGCUGAGGACGACCCGGUGGUGCCCUUCCAGCUUGGCAGAAAGCUCUAUAGCAUCGCCGCACCAGCUCGAAGCUUCCGAGACUUCAAAGUUCAGUUUGUGCCCUUUCAUUCAGACCUUGGCUACAGGCACAAAUACAUUUACAAGAGCCCUGAGCUGCCACGGAUACUGAGGGAAUUCCUGGGGAAGUCGGAGCCUGAGCACCAGCACUGAGCCUGGCCGUGGGAAGGAAGCAUGAAGACCUCUGCCCUCCUCCCGUUUUCCUCCAGUCAGCAGCCCAGUAUCCCGAAGCCCCGGGGGGCCAGCACCUGCAAUGCUCAGGAGCCCAGGUCGCACCUGGAGAGCACCUCAGAUCCCAGGUGGGGAGGCCCCUGCAGGCCUGCAGUGCCCGGAGGCCUGAGCAUGGCUGUGUGGAAAGCGUGGGUGGCAGGCAUGUGGCUCUCCUUGCCGCCCCUCAACCUGAGAUCUUGUUGGGAGACUUAAUGGCAGCAGGCAGCCAUCACUGCCUGGUUGAUGCUGCACUGAGCUGGACUGGGGGAGUCCGGGCAGGGGACUCUUGGGGCUUGGGACCAUGCUGAGCUUUUUGGCACCACCCACAGAGAACGUGGGGUCCAGGUUCUUUCUGCGCCUUCCCAGCACAUGCAGAAUGACUCCAGUGGUUCCAUCGUCCCCUCCUGCCCUGUGUACCUGCUUGCCUUUCUCAGCUGCCCCGCCUCCCCUGGGCUGGCCCACUCACCCACAGUGGAGAUGUCCGGGAUCUGCACUUCGCCCCUUUCACCUACCUGUACGCCUAACCUGGCCUUAGACUGAGCUUUAUUUAAGAAUAAAAUCGUGGUGGUGGUC